AUGAAAAAGACUGUUGCCGGCGGUAGCGGCGGCGGUGGCGAACGCAAAUCCCUGCGGAACAGGCGUCGGAGGGGGGUGGACGAUGACCGGCCGCCGCCGCCGGCGCCUCGGCAACAGUCCGCGGCGUCCAUGCAGCCGCCGCCGCCAUCGCAGCUGCCCGCGCCCGCGGCCACCGUCACCAGCGGAGCGUUGCACAGACUUCAAGUCGCGGCGGCGGCGGCCGCGGCGGCCGUGGCGGCGGCCGCGGCUACGGUGACGGUGACGCCGGCCGACGGAAGGGACGACGGGACGGCCGCGACCGCGGCCACGGCGGUCGCAGUUACCGACGAUUGGCUGUUCGCCGAUUGGUUGGACGGCUCGGCAACAGGUACGUACGCUGCACUCAAAAUCCGUAUACAUUAAUAUCGCGUCCGCGCGUACCCGACCCUCCUUUCACGCCCCCUCACCCCCUCUACUCCCGGAAAAAUACGCGCGAUUCCGACGGCGCCGCAGAUUCGGUUAGAUCGAAAGAAAAUAUUGCGAAAAAAAAACGGUCGAAAUGAAAAUAUACGCCCGUACCGCGGCGCGUGUGACGUGCUGAAUCGACGGUAGACAUUCGUCCGAACGUAAACGAUAAUUGUAAUGGAAAUUGAUCAACCGACGCAGUUUGUUAGGCAGAUGUACGUGCGUGUGCACGUGUUUUCAUAUUUAUAUCAAAGAUUUACGCCGAUAGACUCGCACGGUGAUCACGCUGGUGACUCGCACGUACGCGUGCUACGGGUUGAUAUUCACGUCGCCGCGUUGCAACGAUCGCAGGUCCGCGCAGGAUCGACAGACGCGACGGCGAAUGUAUUUGAAAUAACGGAGACUUCGAACGUUCGGUUUUAUUGCCCGGCUGAUUUCAGAAUCGGAAUCCAACCCGAUCCACUGUAUAUCAUUACGCGCUGCAGCGUUUUUCCGUUUCGGGCCGACGACCGUUUACACCGAUUACGGAUUCGUAUGCCGUUAUCAUACGAUAUGUGUGCUCGCAAGUUGCCCGUGGACUUUUGUGUUGCCCGGAAAACGUAUAUUCAUCUCUUCGCCCUAAGUAUAACCCGAGCCAACUUUCGCAUAAUAUCGGUAAAAUAUAUAUGUAUAAAAAAAAAUAAGAAACGAAAAUCCUUUCAAGCGCAAUAUGAAAUCAACGUCAAAAUAUUAUUAUUGUCCGCUCGUGUAUAUCAAAUUAAAACGUCAUUUGGAACUUUAUGAUAUCAAGGCCAGGAAAGUCGGUGUAGUAGUAUUAACCGUCAGUUAUAAGUCACGAGUUCAAAAGUUAAUGAUGAGAGAUUCGAGCGAUACCAACGGUUUAUAAUUUCAUACUCCGAAUAGCAAUAUACUCCAUUCGCGAUAACUAUGAUCGAAAAUAUAAACGUGUAGGCAUUAAUGAUUAAUAUUAGGUAUUUGUUAUUAUUACAAAACGCUAUUUGGAAUUUAGACGCAAAAACACAUUAGAAAUAAAAUUGUCAAAUUGUAAAAAAAAACGAAUUUAUUGGCGUCUACUAUAUACUUAACCGAACAUGAUUAUCACGUUAUCGUUUUAGUAUGAUAAAAACAUCGAAAUCUGUACCCGAUAAUCGCUCAGAUUACGAUGUUGGACAUUGUCUUAAGUAUGGAGGUAUCGAACCGUUCGUCUUUAUUCAAAAGUCUCACCAAACUAAUAUUUUUCUGUUACACGUGAUAAUAUAGCAAGAAAAGCGUUCAACGUUUUUACGACUCUUCGGUUGAGUUCAGGGCAUUAGGACCCGUUACACAUACCUACAUUGUAAUGACAAUUAUAUACUGUGGAUCCCGCGGUUAACUGUUCUUAAUAUUUUCGUUUCUUGAUAAGUAAUUAAUGGUAAAUUUCAAGAGACACGUACAUCUUGAUAAAAAUGAAAAAAACGUUCGUACGAUCCGUAGCAAGCAGUUUUCUUUACGAAAUGUCUAAAAUUAGCCUAUUGGCCCUGAACGUGACCAGAGAUUCGCAAACGUGGAAACGCGAAACGAUGCCUUUGUUGUUAUAUUACGCGCGCGUGGCAAUGAAAACGGAUGGUAAAAUAACAAUUGUCAUUACUUGACUUUUAACGUUUUUGACUAUCGUUAAUGUCGUAAACAUACGCACGAUCUUUAAGUGCUCCAUUACACGGGAUGGUACAUAAAACGCGAAAUAUUAACCGUUUUGAAAUGGACGGUUUCCUACGGAGGCACGGGGAACACGCGUUUUAUCUCUAUUACAAUUAUAAAACGUUUCUGAUUGAUAGUAUAGUUUCCACACGCAGAUAACAUCUUCGGGUCAACGGUAUAUUAUAUGUUUUCGUGUACGUCUACCUAAUACGUACAUACCUGUAUUAUCGAGUCUUCCCUCGGGGGCUCUACUCGCGUUCGUCUACACGUGCAUAGGUAGAUACGGGCGUGCGCACGAGCAAAACAUCAUAAUUAUAAUUACCGGUAUUUAUAAUUGAUUAGGGCGCAUCUAUAGUGCACUUCAAUUAUUUGUAAAUAGCUCAUCCGAAACCGCUGCGGGCGGGCGUUGGUACAUAUUACACGCGACGCGGCCAUCUCAUAUCGUUUUUGUUGUUUUCCCUUCACGUCGGUAUACCCGUACAGUUCUAUGUAUAGUUGCCUGUCUGAACAUACCUAAGUCGGUUAGGUCUUUUGAAAACGUAUGCCGGACCGUACAAAAUCUAUGUUUUAAACGACGCGGGGAAUUAUUUGUACGCCUACACCGGGUAAACGAUUUCAGAAGUGCCGCCAUAAUUUUGGAUAGCGUCAACGGUUCAUUAAGUGAAUAUUUCGUCCCGCGGAAGAAGGGCUCAGGUCGGUUUUAUACAAUUUUCAGUGCCAGCAAAUAAAAUUCCGGAAAUUGUUAAAGUGACAUAAUGGGCACGCCUUCUAAAUGAAUAAAUUUCCGCCUAACCAGAGUGUGACAUGUGCGUUUUUUUCCAAACAAAACAUGCGACAUAAUAAAUUAAGAUUUGUAAUUGUAUUUGCUAAUGGUUUAAAACUAAAACACAAUAUUUCGAGUUUCGUGAAAUUGUAUAACCACCACACUUCAAACACCACCGCGGUGUGGUACGUAGUGUACGUAAUCGUUUUGUUGACAUUGAUAACGCGUUAAUAUCAACCAAUAAAUAAUCAUAAAUUACAUUACAGAAAUUGUUUUUAUUUUAUCAACUAUUGAAAUGACGAUGAAAAAGCAUUAUUGAAAAAAGAGAAAGUUACCUACGCGAGCUAUACAAGUAUCGAAAACGUUAAUAACUGUAUCCGUCCCGAUAUUAUCGUAUUACAUCGCGUUGAUUAACCCUUUUUUACACUUUUGGGAAACAUAGUCACGUGAAUGUUAUAAAAAUACAUACGAAACGCCAUAUGGUUCUACAUAAAUUUGAUUUAAAGUGCAACUGCAUAAUAUAUUAUUAUUAUAGGCGCAUUGUAUAAUUUUCGUCAUCAACCCACUCGCGACUUGUAUGUGCAUAUCGAGUGAGACCUAUUUUAUCAUGACGAAUAUUAGAAAUUUGUUUCUUCUAUUAUAAUAACUGAAGAAACUGCGACAAGAAAUCAUUGGUGUGCGUGUGUGAAUAUAUCAGAAAAUCUAUGCAAUAUGAACUGAAAAUAUAAAUUAACCUCAUUGGUAUCAGCCAAUUCGCCCGUACAAAAAUCGAUGAGUUUUAUCAAAACAUUUUCAAAGUCGUACCUAUAACCAAGUGAUUGUGCCUAUAUUAUAAAGAUGUACAAAAAAAAAUUUCUGAAAACUUUUUUUUUAAUAUUAAAAUAUGUAUCUCGAAUAAUUUACGCAAAUAUUUGAUAUUUUAUUUAUAUAUUUAUCUUGAAUGCGCGUUUCACGCUGUAUCAUAUUGAACACGGAACCCUACCGCGGUUUUCGGAGGCCCUGAAUAAGGUUUUUUCGAGUCGGAACCACGCCAUCGCCGUGCCGUUUUCGCAAAUAAACGUUUGUAUAUACAUAAAAUAUAAAAGAAGAGAAAAAAAAACAGGUAUGGCCGUGUAUAGCUUUAUAUGGCAUUGCGAUCGGAGGGCCAGUAAACCCAAGGUGUCCCGUGUGGGCGACACUGUAAUAAUAAUAAUAAUAAUAAUAAUAAUAAUCGGAGGCGCACUGCUGCCGCUAGUAUUCGUACACCUAGGUAGGUAAUAAUCGGUUUACAAAACUUAAUUUAAUAGUGUUCUCCGGUGUAGACCGCACUGUGGUGGUCAAUUAAAAACAUUAUAAUAAUAUACAGGUAGGUCCGGUUCUCGCUGGGCAGGGACUUGGUAUUAGGUUUGUCACGAAAAUAAAAAUUCUAAAAUCUCUAGAUUUAAUCACAUUCUAUAGAAAGUUUUCGUUCGAAUUUAUAAAACAAUCAGUUUGUAAACAUCAUAAAUAUAAAAAAAUAUAUGUAUACAGACUGAUUCGCUCACUAAGCGUGCUCACCCCAUUUUUUUGGUUAAAUUUUGCAUACAUUCAAAUUCUGAUUUUUGAAAUUUUUAAGUGUGCAGUUAAGGCCGAAUACUUAGAUUUUUCACAAUAUUUAUAGAGUGUUAUGUGCUGAUACUAACUUCGGCUUUUCAACUGAGAACCUAUAUUGCAAAUUUCAUAAAUAUAUGGAGUGUUUCUUAAUAUAAAUUUUAGUGUUGACAUUUUUGAUUUCUGCGGCGCGCGGUAAUAGUGUUGAUAUUUACAUAUUUAAUAAUUGCACACUGCGAAAUACUCAAAACAUAUCCACAAACGGAAAAUGAUAUGUUAAUACAUACCUAAUUUAUCGUCUAUAAAUAGUAUAUAAAUACAAAUCAUUUGCAAUUUAUAAAUUUGUUCUAUAAACUGUCUAUAUAACAUUAUUGUAAUAUUAUGCGUUAGAGAGGAUUUCAAAGCAUUUGCUUAUUAUAAUAGGAUACAGACAAAAAUGACGGAGUGAGCUCAGCAUUUGUUUUACAUGCAACAAGGAUUUCUAAUAUAGAAUGUAAUUACCGCCAUUUUUUCGGAUAGAUAUUUGAUGUUUUGGUACUAUUUCAAAAGUAUAUAUAUACAUUAAGUAUGGUUUAUUUUGUGUUUUUCAUAAAGCUCGUUUAAAUUGAUUGGAGAUAAUAAUAUAAUUGUACUAUAUAAUACUACUACUAUAAUUACAAUAUUAAUAUAAUAUUGUAGUAGAAAACAAUUGUGAUUUACGUUUAAUAGAAAAAUAUCCGCAUUACGGUUUCAUUAAAAUGCAUUGUCUUAUUAAUUUAAAUAACUAAAAAUUCACGAACACAAGGUAAUAGACAAAAACAACAUUUUUAAUUUAAAUUUUUUUUUCUCUAAUUUAACGUUCUGAAGGCAUAUUAUUACAGUACACGUUUAUAAGUUUCUUGGUUAUAUUAUUGCCCUUAUUUCAAAAGUGCUAUAAAAUCCAAGCGCUGUUAAUGAGUUGAUUUGCAAUAUGCGUUUUUUGUUUAUCAUCAUCUCGAUAGUAAAUUAUUCUAUUUGGAAUUAUCCCUUAUCAAUAGCUAUUUUUAAAUUGAUUUUCAUACAAUACUUCCUAUAUGUAUAAUAUUGAUUUUAUAAUCGAACUUUACGCGAUACAUACGUCAUCUAUGUAUAAGAAACUGACAUUGCUGUGCAGAGGUCAGCGGAAGUUGAAAUAACCAUAUAAUUAUAAUAUAAUUACAUAUAUGUAAAGUAAUUUUACAUAUCGGCAAAAUGUAAAUUGAAUAUAAAAUUUCAAAAUCAGAUAUAUCUCUAAAAUAAUAUUUCAUUUAGUGACGUUGCAGCUGCGAUAACGUAGGUACAUUUUUACUACAUAUUCUUCCAUGAACGGAGUUGUGUUUUAUAUAUUAUAGAAUAGAUUUCGAUUAAGUACAGGUAUGUUAAUGAAAACAUUCAAUUCUUAACACGUGGUUAUUAGUGUUAACACUUAUCAAUAUAAAAAUCGAAUAACCUCGUUCACGAUAAAUAUUAUCGUCCCUCGGUCGUAGUGUUUUCCUAUAAAAAAAAUAUAGGUUUGGGCAAAAAUAAUGAUGUGCAAAGUAAUCAUAAAUUAUCAACCAACAUGCGAAGAAAAUGAUAUAAAAACUCAUCUAGAUAGUUAGUUCGUGAGUUAUUAUAAUACACGACUUUAUUACAACGCAAUUUAAUGCUGUAGUAAGUUUGUGAUUUUAAAUUAUAAGUAGAUAAUCACAGUGGCUAUUAUAUAUGUUUCGUUUUUUUUUUUUUUUUUUUAUAAAUUUUACUACUUCAGCACGUCGUUAUAAUAACUUUAAUAAGGGUGGUGCAAAUGAAAGCGUUAAAUUGAUUUUCUUUGAUUGAUUUCAUUUUUGAAACGAUUUUUGUCGAAUUUUUCCGAAAAUAUAUACUAUUUUACUAUAUAGUGUGGUCCUUGUCAUAAACAAAAAUGUAAGAAAUUUUUUUUUUCAAUUUUUAACCGGGUUACCAUAAUUUGGUCAAAACUACAAAAAAAAAAAAAACGAUUUCUGUUAACGUUCAUAAACGCUGAUCAACCCUAAGACAUGCCCAAAGGGAUUUAAGUUUCAAAAACUAUACUUUUUAGUUUUUUUUGUAAUUAUGGCCUAAUAUACGUAUAAUAAGGAAAAAAUAAAAUAUUUGUUUAAUUGAAUUUCCUAUAAUCGUUUGUAUGUGUAUUUUUUUCCGUUAUACAACUCAUCUACGUAUAAAAUAACAAAUCAAGUACUAAAAACGAGUUUUUUUUUUCAUUUUCUAGGUGAAUGGGAUAUGUAUAAUGAAAAAGGCACAAGAAAUAAUUUGUAUACAAAUUUAAUUUGAAAAAAUAUUAUUAUAUCAUAAAUAUUUUAGAUCGUAAAUGCAAAAAUCGAAAAAGAUCCAUUUUGUUAACUUCAAACUUCUUGAGACACAUCUCAAGAUUGUAUAAUGAUUGCGAAACUUUGCACAAUUUAUUUUUUUAAAGUUUUAAAUUCCAAGAAGUAAGCUCGAAUAAAUCUAAAAAAAUAAUAAGAAUAACAACCUUCCUAAGAUAUUAUAUAUUUCCGCUACUAUAAGUUAUUUCUAUAGCUGCUCUUCUAGGUAAAAUUAAUUUAAACUUGGGAAUUAGAGUUUUUUUUAUGUGAGGAUUGAUGUGAUAAUAGUUGGGUUUAAUUUAAAUAUGAAUUUAGCAAUAUUAUUGCGGGUAAAAGACGUUAUAUUAAUUUUGCGCAAUUCUACACAAACUCUCCAAAUGACGCCAGGAGGAUACAAUUGGGUACAUACAUGAUAGAGUUAGCAUUAAAAAUAUGCCCGAGUUCCAAGUUUCAUUCCCCUUCUUAACUUUUUGUUUGAUCGAAUUUCAAAAUUUAUCGAUUGAUAAUAUAAUAAUUUCAGUAUAAGCAUUUUAGUUUAUAUUUUAUAGAACUAUAUAUAGGUACUAUAGUAUCUAUUGUAUACCAUUACAUCAUUCGGUUUUUUAUUCUUUUGCAGAGAAUAAUUCUAUUGUACAAAUUAUAGGUGAAGAAAAAUUCGAUUCUAGUGACGGAGUUCUGCAGUUCCACGGAUGUAUUAACAACUUUACUUUUUAAACAGUUAAUAAUAAAGAAAGGAAAUAAAUUGGCCAUAAGGAAAACGUUGGGGUGGUCAGCUAUAGUAUAUUAGAUAAUACAAUGCGUCGAUUAAAAAAACAAAAAUCAAAUUGAUUAUGGUUUUGUGGGAGGGGAAACAUAUGUAGAAAAAAAUUUAAUUCGUAUUUUCAUUCAUUAAUCAAUGAAAAAUAUAACUUUUCACUGUUCAACUUUUUAACAUUUUCAAAAUAGCCAUUUUGUAAAAAAUAUUUUUCUAAAAACGUUAGUGUAUCGUAUACAUUCAUUUCCGAUUAAUAGUUCCCUUGUUAUAGUGGAUUUAAUGUAUAGAAAAGAGGCGUGAAAACACUUAAUAUUCAAUAGAAGUUUUUUUUUUAAGGAAUUACCGUGCUGAUUGUGAAUCCGUAUCGCGUAACGUGUUAUUUUAUUUAAAAUUAAUUGUUUUCACACCGAUUUUGUAGGAAUUAAAACGGCUAUUUUUAAGAAAAUAUUGAUCGGACAUGAAUGCAUGUUACAUUAAAAUGUUUAGUAUAAUAUCUUUUACAAAAUUGCUUUUCUGAAAAUUUUGAAAAGCGGUAAAAUAAAAAGUUAUUUUUUUUUCAAUUACUAAGGGAUGAAAUAAGGGUGUUCUCUCGCACAAAACCCGAUUGAAAAAAAUAAUGAAUAUCAACAGAAUUAGCAGAGGAUAAGAAUGACACUGUAAGACACUCGGUAUGCUUGCGGUCAACUUGAAAAUAAACUGUGUUCUAAAUGUAGAGAAAAAAGCAAUUUUUUUUUUUUUUUUUUAAUAUCACUAACCUAAAAUAUUAUUAAAACCUUUUUAACUUAAUCCAAAGAGACUCGUAGAAUAAGUAAACAUUGAAUAGCUGAGUGUAACAUUUUAUUUCCUUACGUUUUACGCGAAUCAAAUAUCUUUUAUAUAUUAUAUAAUAUAAUUUCCAAAAAAAUUUUCGCAUCGAUACGAAUAUAUGUUUUAACUUUACUGGUGCAGUAUGCUGCAUAAAUUAUAUUAUUAUUAUAAGAAUAAUAAAAUGCACUAAGAUAACUGGUCGGCUAAACGUUUUUGUUUGUUAUUUUUUACUACAGAGAAAAGUUGUAAAACAACAGACUAGCAAUAAUUUAAUAAUUUUUUUUUUAUAUAUAUAUCUUGUAAUAUUGUAUGGUUUUGAGAGUGAAUCGUUAUUAUAACAUUAUAUUGUUGUCUAAAAAAAAAAAAAAAAUAAUACAAAUAUUGUAGUAUUGUAAAAAUGACUAAAUCUAAUCUAUACAUCAUAAUAGUGUUAACGACCUAUCUACUCGUUUAUAUUGUUAUCAAUUAUUUAAUCUCGACACGGGAAAGAGAAGAAAUUAAUUUACCUUCUACAUAGUAUGUUACGUAGUUAUAGCGUGACAGCGCGCCGUAAAGUCAGACGAGUGUAAUAUUAAGAAAAAUCACAUUUUGAUUUCUUUAAACGACUGUGCCGCAUUUGUCGUAACAAGGAAAUUGACUCAAGUGACAGUCAAUAUCACACGCCGGGUACACGUCUGCGGUAUAAAACAAUUUAGGAGACGAAAUUAAUAUAUAUUUAUAUUUAUAUUAUGAUACAAGUACGACGAUAACGGUGCCGCAGAAAGUCCAACAUCACAACGAAACAACUAAACGGGAAACUUAAUAGGGAUGUAUAGAAUUAUAGACAUUAUACGAGGCUACGAGGCUCUUAUUUUCUUAUUUUAAGGUUUUUUUUUUUUUUUUAGAACUGCGCAUGACUGAUGCACCGGGGGCGAGUGUAUUGCUAUAACCUUUUAAUAACAUGUUUGAAUUCGUCAUAAAAUUAACUUCAAAUUUACUUUUUUUACACUUUUAAAUUUAUUUACUUUGUUCAAUAUUAUUCACAUUUAAAAAUUCUAAAAGAAUCAAGACUGCGAAGAUUUAUAGAUUGUUAAAGACGCUACAUAUCGAAUCAGAAAAAAAAAAAUUAAAAAAUAUGUUUUCUACUGCGUAAUUUCGGAUUGGUGGUUCAUCGACAUUUUGUCAAUUUGUACGAUUCGUGACUAAUAACUUUGUCAGUAUUGAUUUUCUUCUCAUCAACUAUAUAGUACAAUAUACAGGACCAUAUUUUUUUCCUAUAUCUACAAUCAAAUUAUUUACCAUCAUGUCAUUUGUCGUUCGGCGAUUAUUUACACCGAAAAUUAAAAAAACACAUACAAAUUGCGUUGUUCGCACCUAAGAUCGCUGCUAGAAUUUUGUUUUUUUUUUUUUUCGUGAUUAAGUAUUGACGGUAUUGUUGCGCUCGUAUAAAUAAUAUGUAAAGAUGACCCGGGCGAGGAAAAAACGAUUCGGACCGCCCUACUAUAUACACAUGUAUGCCGGCUAUGGUGCCUACUGAUUAUUUACGCGUAUAUCUCCGAAAGUGAAAAUCGAAGGGAAAAAAAAAACCCCAAUAUCGAUCCGGGGUGAACUUAAAGGUCGCGCGACGUCCGCGGAGGCGGGACCGUUAACCUUCCGAAAAACGCGCAACGUAUACUUAGGCGCGUAUACGUACGUACCUAUACGCGUGUAAAAUAUACAUGUGCGUGUGCGUGCGUGCGUGCGUGUGCGUGUGCGUGUGCAUGUGCGUGCGAUACGGCCGCGAUGGUGCAAAAGUGUGAAUGGGCGACCCCACGCGAUCGUUUUUCGACGUGUACAUAGGCACAACAUCGUAACGCACACCCGAGUGUGUUGUGCCGACGCCGCCGUCGGGGCCGCUACGCCGAACGGGUCGGCCGGAAAAUCGUUACGGGCGAUCGACCUUUGUUGGCCGUGACCGCGAAAACGGCGCGGCGCACGGACACGCAAAUGCCGUCGUCGUAGCCGUCGCCCGGCCCGGCCGGGCACGCGCCUCUCAGACGCGUGUGACAUCAUCAGUCCAUUCACGGCGUAACGGCGGCGGGCGCGCGUGCGCGAACCCAACCGAGUGUACCGCCGCCGCCGCCGCCACCGCCGAAGCCCGUUGAAACAUUGUCAAAUAUUUACCUACCUGCUUGCGCGUAGGCCGUUUACGAGGCCGCUUUUUAGGCGGGUUUUUUUUUUUCAUUUUUUUUUUUCCUUUCAUCGCUACCUGUCCCGCGCAACCUUGCCCCGCCGCGCGCGCUGCAGUACGCAUUGUAUUUCAUAUCGAACGAAAACCAUUCGGUGGCGGCCCGUGUUGCGUGUCGCUAGCGUCGAGCCGGACAUUUUUAAUGCGCAACGGGAAGGGGGCGUACGUGAACGUACCGAUGAGAAAAUUGAUCCCAAAAUUAUACACGUCGAAAGGUAUCGCGCAAAUUAUACAAUACGUAUAUGUAAAAACUGUAGACAUAUAUUUUACAGUUUUUUUUUUAAACUGGUAGACGUAUUUUCGUUUGUGCGUACUAAAAACAAACACGACUAUGAUGGUGCAGGAACGAGCAACGUUUUCAGUGGGUAGUUCCUGCAGUAUAAUAAUUACAAUUGCCUCGACGCUAUUAUAAAAGAAAAAAAAAAUGCCAGAAUAUGCAAAUAUAUUAUGACAAGUGUGUGUGUUAUUUUCGUAUGUUAAUAUGAAUAUCCAAUUUUCCGAAACCUUGAAAAUAAUAUAAAAAAAAUCUGAAUGGUUUCGGAUUUCCGUCCUGUAUAUUAUACCAGGUGAUUCAUUUAGGUGGGUACACUUAUUAUCUCGGAAAGUAUUGAUUUUUUUCGGAAUUUGUUUUCUAGAACGUUCAAGAAACAAGCAGCUCUACAAUUUUACGUUUAUAUUAUUUUUUGUCAUUCUUAUUUCUGGGGGUGAAACCACUACCUACUUACGGUUUUCAAACGGCAACCUAUAUUAAAAUGUCUAUAAAUAGACGGAGUAUUAGUAAAAAUAAAUUAUAGUGUUGGCAUUAUAUUAUAGUGUUUUUUAUAGUGUUAUAUUACAAUUAUAGUGUUUGAUUUCCGUCAAUCCGUUGUUAUUCCACUUUUAAGUUUGGGUUGAAGGAGAAUAGUGGAGUAUCAUUUGUGCGGCGGUACGGCGCGCGCGUGUUAAUAAUUGAUCACCCGGUAUAUGUAUAAACACAUCUAAAUUAUAAAAAAAAAAAAAAGAAUGUAUUUAGUUAUACGUUUAGGUAAAAGGUCAUAUAUAUUUAGUAUUUUAUUUUUUCUACUUGUCAUUAUAAUUGAUGAAGAACAGUAACACAUGUAAUUAACUACAGUUAUUAUUGCUAUGAUUUAUUCAAUUUUUUCUACCGGUAUUAAAAUAAGUAAUAUUAAGAAGUAAUACAUUUCUAGCAAUGUAAAACUAAAUUUAUAAUUUUAAAUUUCGACGCACGCGUACACAUUAAACUACUGAUAUUAUCAAUAAAAAGUAAAAAAAAAAAAAAGCGUUUAAAAAAUAAAAACCCGACCAUUCUUCACUAGUGCAGUGUAUAAUAUAAAAAUUUGACCUCUUUGAAAACUAAAGAUAGAUGAGUGUUGAAAGAAGGUUCAUUGAUUUAUUAAUCUUUUGAACAAUGAGCGGACAAAAAGCAUUGAAAAUGAAAAUAUAGGUAUAAGUACCUACCAUUACUUCCCGAAAUAUUGUGACUUAUACACGCCGUUAUUAGUCGAAUUUCGUUAUUAUGUUUAACUAUUAGCAACAAGUGGAGUAAAAAAAAUUUUAAGGAAAUUAUUAUACAUACAACUUAUCUAACGCUAUUGUACUUAAAUCGGAAUACAUCUAUAGGUAUUGUUGUAUAUGCGGAGUGUCAAUGACACAUUGUGCAGUGGUAAUACUGUUCGUCGGCAUUCAGAAAUUGUAAUAACAAAAAGUGUCUAGGUAGCAUUUAAGAAGUAGGGUAAAUUGUUAAUAUCGUACGAUUAUAAAAGGAGUAGUAAGAGAGAAUGAAGGAAAAAGUCCGUGCGGUGACGCCACCGGACUACGUUCUUUAGUUUUAAUAUAGUUUAUUCAAUGACUUUUGUGUUUAUUUUUAUUUUGUGUCGCAUACGUUUCAGUGUAUAAUCUCGUUUUGUUUUUGAGUAGUCACAAUACUUUCUCUUUUAUUCUGAGUCCGAUCUGUAACCGAUUAAUUUAUGAUCGCUGAGGAUAAAGUCUAAAUAAUUUAAUAGUCCAAUCAACUCUGAAGUGCCAACCAGAAACCGGUUAGUUCAUGGUCUUUUAGUUACUCCAGUUUAUGUUUGAGCGAUAUCCUUGUUAAAGGGAUAUACGACAGUAUUCAAGUAUAGAUAUUUAGGAUUAUUUCAAAUUAGAAAAAAAAAAAAACGAGUAAAGAAAAUUGUAUUUGACGAUUAUCUAACUAAUAAUAAGCUUUUAUUUGCGUACAUCGAUUUAUACGAACCUUUGGCGCGUGCACUUAUGUACUUAGAAAGUUGAAUAAACCGUGUUGGUAGUAAUCAUAAAACCGUAAAACUAUAUCGUCGUCUGUUAUCCCGACAUCUGUGAAACACCAACGGGAGUUUUAUUUUAAAUUUUAAUAAUUCUCCAUGUGGAGAUAGAUAAUAUAGUACCUACACGUAUAUGUAUUAUUACUGUCCACAUUUAUUGUGGACUAUUUACUGGCACAGUCCUAUAAUUAACGGGCUAUCUAGAAAAAUUAUACGUAACUUAAAACUUAAACCGUGGUAAACAUUUAGGUAGAAAUCGUAUAGAGUUUAAACGCAGUUAAUUAAAUUUAAAGAGAACAAAAUACACCAUCGUUAUUUUUUUUCUAAAAUAUUUUUAAUCAAAAGAGUUACAGUCAUGUUAGUUUAUUUUUGUUCUUUUUUAAUAGCUGAUAAUUUAAUUGGGGAAAAAUACAUAAAACCAAUUCAAUCUAAUUUUAUUGCUUGAGAUAAUAUUUUGAAUUAGUUAAAUUGAAACUAUUCAUUUGUACAAUACAUAAAUACACACUUAAAACUAACAAAAUAACCGAAAAAUGUUUAUAAUCAAAAAUCUCUAGCAAUGGUAAAUAAAAAAAAAAAAUUAAAAUUGAAAAGUUUCAUUUUUGAAGUAUAGGUAUGGUACACGAAUCGAAUUAUGUGUUCUUGUACAGCAUUGUCUUAGAUCACCAAGUUUUAUAUUGAAAUCCGGAUUCCACUUAUUAUAAUACGUCUUAAAUUCUACACCCCAGAAAACCACACCGUCGUAAAACGCACCGAACUAUAAAUAACAAACAAUUUUAAUAAAUACAUUUUAUCAAACGUUAAUAAAUAUGUUUUGUCUUUGUAAUAAAACAUAACACUAUUGACAAAAUAAAUAUUAUAAUAAUUAAAAUUGUAAUGAAAACAACAUUAUCAUUUGUUUUCGUUUUAUGCGAAUUUAUUAAUAUUAUAAAACUGAAUUAUUAAAACGAUAACGUUUGAUAACGAAAUUUAACAAAAUACGUAACAGUAUGUGAAAAAAAAAAUAUUUUUUUAUAUCAUUGAACUAUUUCGUUUUGUUAAUAAACUAAUAAUAUUAUUAAUAAUUUUAUUUAAACUGUUUGUUUUUACGAGCACUUAACGAAUCAUUUUAUUAUAGAUAGAUGUUAAUAUUAAAACUAAUGUUAUUAUCGAUCAGAUUAAAAUAUCGUUAAGCGGUUUUGUAUCGGGAAUUUAUCGUCGUGAUAAAUACUUUCAUAGAUUACCUCCGUAAAUAGCUGGCUGAACGGCUACCUGUAUGAACAAAUUUCGGUUUCGUCGUCUCGGCACCGAUAAAUAAAAUUAUGAGUCGAUAAUUCGUAGCGCGGUAAAAAAAAAAAAAAAAAAAACCGCAGCAAAUAUACUCGGCGUCCGCAUAAAUCGCCACGAAGACUACCUAAGCUAUAUAUAUAUAUAUAUAUAUAUGUAUGUGUGUAUGUGUGUAUAAGUACGUGUACGUAAUAUCGUACAAUAUCGCCACGACCUAACCGAGUAUCCUCGUCGCGCGCUCGUUUGGGCUUCAAUGCGUCGGUAAUAUGCGUACGCAAGUAAACCCGCGAUUGUCUGGUGCGAUAAGUCCCGUGUGUAUAUAGGUGCGCGCGUGUGUAUGCGUGCGCAUGUAUACGCGUACACAAUAAUCGAUGGCGGCCAAACAGCCGAGAGUUAUUAUCGUUUUCGCGCCGCGGCGAACCCGGUGUCUGUUUUCGCGCGUAUAUUAUCCUAUUGUAGGCGGUGUAGUAUGCCUAUCUAUAUAUAUAUAUAUACACAUACGAGUGUGUGUGUGUGUGUGCGUGUGUGUGUGUAUGUGUGUGUGUGUGUGCGUGUGUGCGUGCAUAACCUCGGACGACCGUCAGAAAGAGUCGGUGAAGAUACGGAGUGCUGUACAGGUGGACGGGGGUUGGUCAGGAGAAAUAUUAUAAAGAGACGCGAAGCGCGGGAUACCGAGAUAAUAUUUUAUGCACAAGAGUAUAGUAUUUAUAUAUAUAGGUAUAAAAACGAUUUUUAUAUACUAUUUUUUUUUUUUUCACUUACCUACCUUUAUAUUAUAUUCGCGUACGGGAGGAUCGCGAAGACACCCGCGAUAAAAUCCGAUAUUUUAUUGCUCGUCGAUUAUUAUUAUUAUUAUUAUUAUCAUUACCUGUAUGCCUGCAUCAUGCGCAGCUUGUGUGUGUACAUGAUAAUGCAUGUAAAAUGCGGGAGUGAAGAGAACAGAACUGCUAUACGCGCGCGCUGUAACAAAAAAAAAAAAAACCAGACGCUUUUCGUAUCCAGACGGCUCGUCAUAUUUUAAAUACGAUUUAUAAAUUGCACAAUUUACCGUGUGUGCUGCAGCGUGUGUGAGUACCGCCGUACCCUGUGCAACGACAUUUUCAUGUGCGACCGCCGUCGACGAGACUUUUGCAUCGCCAGUGAGUGCGUUAUAAUAAUAAUAUAAAGCGCAGUUGCGCUAUACAUUAUUUACUCACUUACCGUCAUUUCAGUGAGUUACAUGAAGUUGUGAAAAUGCGCUCCCCUAAAAUAACGAAAAAACGAUACAGGUGUAGUUCACGCAACUGUAUAAUAUAUAUGCACGCAGCUGACUUGAUACCGUGUUCCUAGGUGAUAAAUAAAAAGUCAACAAAAUACUAUAUAUACCACCUAAAUCAAAAAUUUAAAAAAAAAACGUAUAUAUAUAUAUAUAUGUAUACGAUUUCUGAAACACUCGAAUAACCCGUUCGCGUUAAAAGUUAAGUACCUAAAGGUUAACCAAAAUUAAAAUUUUAAUUUUAUAAAAUAACAGAAUAAUACAUUCCACGUGGAUUUGAAUUAAAAUACCAAAUUAUGAAACGUAUUACACAAUACAGUAUAUAAUAUUAAUAUGACUAUAAUAAAUGAUUUACCGAGUGAUUUUUCAACGUCUUUUCUCUCGUAAGUUUUUUAUUAAUUGAUUGUUUCAUCUUUCGCUUAUUAUUUUACAUCAGGCAUUUAAUGUACCACUCUGAGAAUAACUGUCGCCAUCUGCAUAAUCUCCUUCCUGCACUUUAUACUCGAUCCUGCAAACUACAUAGAUACUUCUGUCAUCCACGCUUGCACUCCCGUUCUAUCAAGGUUUUCUUCGCGACAUCUUUUCCUAGACCGAACCCGAGGUCUUUUGUCCGUAAUGGUUUCCGAUUCAGAACUCCUCUCAUCGUCCUCGCUUCUUCGAAUAGCGUGCCAAGCCAUUACAGGGUUCCUUGUCCUCGAACAUAAAGCUUUUAACUGACAUCAUAUCUUUAUAGUACAUUAAUUCACCUUGCAGGUUUUUAUUAAAUUCCUUCUUCGCGCGUUAAUUAAUUAAAUGUGAGUUACGACCAAGCUUAGCAAAAACAAAAAUUGUAAACUGAAAUAGUUAUAAAAUUUCAAAAAAAAGAAAAAAAUCACGGUGCCAAAAUUAAAACACAAAAAACAUAAUGUGUAAUAGUGUUAAUAGUAUAAUAAUAAUACAUAGACGAUUGCGUAUUUUUAGAGAUGCGUACGUCAUUAUAAUAUAUAAUACGUGAUUAUAUUAAUAAUAACGUAAAACAUUCGCGAGACGCCUAAAAAUGGUUUUUUAAAUUUUAUUUACGAUGGAAAAAUUACUAAAAUACGCGCGAGCGGCACGUGUCGUAAAAAACAGCACUUAGCGGAUAUUCUUAAUAACACGCGAAUUAUAAGGUUUAAACAACGCGUAUAGUGUCUAAACUUCGAAUUAUAUAUUUAUAUACAGAGCGACUGUAAAAUCUUUAUAAUCGACCAAAUGAUAAGAUUAUUUAAAAGAGGAUUUAUUAUUUUUUUCGGGUGUGAAUUUAUUUUUUUUGUGCUUGUAUACAACUUUUCUACCAAAAUUCUAGCGUUAAUCAAAAAACAACAAGAGAGCGUUUUUGUAAAUUUUUCAAUCUAGUUGAUGCAUUAAGAAGGCAAUUUUGAAACAAAUAUACGUCAAUUAAUAAAUUAUUUUUUUAAUUAUAUUUUUCUACUAAAAAUCUUGCUCUAAAUUUUAAGAGAAGUAUGUUUUUGAACAUUUUGUUUAGUUUCUAAAUACGAACAUUGUUUGUAUUGAUUUACCAUAUAGUUUCCUUAAUAAAUCGGAAAUCUUGAGAAAAAUAUAGGAAAACCGUGAAAGUUUACGACAAUAACGAAUUUAUUAUUAUUAUUUUUUUUUUUUUACACCUAAUUUUUAUUUGGUUGUACAGAUAAAAUUGUGAAAACGCAAAAAUACUUGAAAAUUUAAUACAAGAUUCAGUAUAAGUUGUACUUAACGAUAAAACAAUCUGAGCGUGCUGUAGUAGUCUUUUUUUUUAUAAACACUUAAAGUUAAAAUGUUGACGAAAAUCGCACAAGUUCAAAACAUAUUUAACCGAGCAAUGAUUUUUCACGCGUAUAGAUAUAAACUAAAUAACUUAGUGUAUCCUAUACCUUUCCGACUACCCACCAACAACGGUUGCACAUUCAUCAGCUCUUUAUUUUUUCUAAAUAUUAUCGAAGUAUAGUAUUAUAAUGAUGCAUGCACGUUUACUUGUUUAAUUAUAAUUUACAAUACGCAGUACAAAAAAUAUUUAUUUUUUAUUUUAUACAUUUGAAAGCCAAUCAGAAAAAAAAAUCAAAAAAUAUACAAAUAUAUAUAUAUAUAUAUAUAUCUAUAUAGGUAGUUGGUAUAUUUUCUUCUUUUUCGUCUUCGUCCCACGCGGGCGGAGUCAGCUACCCACUUAAACGAUUACUGAUAAUAGUUAUUAUUAAAAACAACACCACGAAAUACAUAUAAUUUUGAUUAAUAAUAUUUUACGGUUAUUAUAUAUUCGAGACAUUGGAUUACAGCGAUUCAGACUAUAAAAUGUACCGGUACCUAUACAAAUAUGUGCACCUAACGUAGUAAAGACAUGUAUACAAGAUUAUCGCGAAAUAAAGUUAUAAAAAGGACUUGAAAAAAAACAUUAUAUAUAAACAUAUGAUAUAAUUGUACAUACACAAUAUGUACAUAAUGUACAUAUAAUAUAAUUGCACAUAAAUUACAGGAAUUACUUAUUAUUAUAUAAUAACAAAACAGCGCGAUAAAAAUAACAAAAAAUGUUAAAAUUAUUAAGUGCAUUAAGUUAAAAUAGUUAGUAUUGUUAUGAAUUAAAAUUAAUAUUACCUAUUGUAAAAAAAAUGAUUUUUUUUGUUUGUAUAAUAUCAAGAAAUAAUAAUUUUCAUUUUUAAAAAAUAAUUUAAAAUGCAAAAUUUCAAAAUUCAAUUUAACAUCAGGAAGCCUAUAAUAUAUUUCAUUAUUCUUUUACUUAUCAGACGAAAAAAAAAUCAAGAAAUUAAUCAACGGAUUAAUAUAGUUUAAUUUAAUUUUUGAUUCUCCGUCAAAAAUAAUAGUAUGGUUUCGUAUCAAUCGUACCAAAUGAAAUAAACAUAUUUUUUUAAAGACAAAGAAAUAAGUUAAUAUGAUGAACCUCAGAUGAAAUUUUCGAGCAUUUUCGGGGAAUUAAAAUAAUUUCAUCGACAUAAAACCAAAUUAAAAAUUUUAAAAACUUUCAGAUGGCAAAUGACUAAAAAUGUCCUCAACUAUUUCCCGAAUGAUUUGGAAAUUCGUCAAAAGCACCAGGUCUAGAAAUAUAUAUAUAUAUGUAUAAUAUCAACACCUAUUAGAUGGUAAGUUUUUACGUCCCUUUUCAACUGAAUUACAAUCAAAAAAACUUUAAAAAUCGAAAAUAUCAAAAAUCGUUAUUGCGUAAUUACGAGUAUUUCCGUUUUUCCGAAGUUUCUUUCCGAUUUUUCCAAAUUAAUUUGAAAACUAACGGAAAAAUUUAAAAAAGACAAAAUUCUCUACCUACCAAGAACUACGCCAGAAAUUGAAAAUCGGACCGAGAUUUCUGAUAGAACAGUUGUGCACGGGCCAAAAAUAAAAACACAGUAAAAUCUAGACAUGUUCAAAAAAUAUAUUACUGAAUACUGAGCACGGUAUAAUUAACAUUAAUAUAAGAGUUGUGUAUACAGUGUGAUUAUAUUUUCAAGUAACAUUUUAGGAAUAGUAAGAUAUUUUUUUAGCACUGGAUUCAAAUAGUACCUACUAUUUUCCUGGAGCAACUUUGAUCGUUCCAAUUUUAGAAAUACAGCCAUCAAAAAUUAAUUUUAAAAAGAAAAUGCUGAUACUGAGGACGGUUUUUUGUUCCUUUAUUAAAAAAACUACAAAAAAAAAAUCAAGAAACGACUUUCUUAUUCAUCAUUUAAAUUAAAAAUUCAACAAAAAAGGUCGUUCGUCGUUAUUCUAUUUAGGCAAUAUUUCUGGUAGAAAACAUAGUUUGCAAAAAUUAAAAUCAAUAAUGCCGUGGUGUAAACGUUUGCUGUUUUACUUAUGAUUUUGUUUUCAUUUAUUUCCAAUUAUUUUUAAAACCUACAGAAAAUCAAAAAAUGCACCGAUAAAAUAAAAUUUCCUUUCAGAAAAGGUACUUCACAUGAUACAUCGGAGCAAGAUUUCUUUUCAAGAAGUUGUUUACAGACAAACAAAACACACACAUCACAGUAAAAUAAAUAGAUAGAUUACUACGCACUGAAUUUAAUAUGAUUUUUUUUUUCAAAUUUUCAAAAACGGUGAAAAGCAUAAUACAUUACUACGGACGUGUAUAUUUAAAACUUAUUUUUUAUAGUAAAACAGCUAGAAAUCAAAUUUCAUCCUUUUUAAAUUCACGUUUUAAACUUUACGAAAAAUCACGAUACAUUAAAAUCGACUCAAGAUAGCUGUUGAUGCCUCGAGUAUUUCGUCUCGAGUAUUGUAUUGACCAAUAUUGCUUGGAAAAAUAGGGGUUUCCGUUUAAAGGAUUUAAAUUUAGCAUUACCUGGGGAGGGAAUGAUCACACUACGGUGCACGCGUACAGUGAACAUGGUGAUUUUUUUUAUUAGUCACGCGACUAGAAAUAACCUGGUCGGGCUGUCGGCCAGAUUAAAUUUAGAAUCGAAAACCGUAUUCCGUGGGACGUCCAAAAAUUCCGAGACUGUAUAAUAUCGGUACACACUAUAAUAUUAUAGACGCUGGCGCAAGCGAAAACGCGUGUACCUAUACCACACAAUAUAAUACUUAUUUAAAAAAAAACACAUGAGUAUAAAAGAGCUCUGUCACUAAUCACAUUUGUCAGCUAACGUGUUGGCCGUUGCAGUUGAAACAACUAAAAAACGCAUCAAUACUUACACCAUACACAGAAUUUCAUCCUCCUAGCUUGAUUGGAGAGUUCUUACCGGUGUAAAAAACUAAAAAAAACACCCUUUCCCCGCAACAGCAUGGUGAAAUUCAUAUUGAAAUUCGACCAAAAUUGUAUAACUCCAAUCCGUCUAUAAAAAAACAAAAAUUCCCGAUCUUGAAAUCAUUUGGUCCAGAGGAAGCUGCAAAAAACGUCCCACCGGGGAAAAAUGUAAUAACAGACACAAUAAUACAAUGUAAUAAUCUCAAUUUUCGGAGACGAAUAUUCGAGGGGGGAGGGGUGAAAAAACACAAUAAUUAUAAUUAUUAGCGAUUAAUUUUUUCCGGAUAUCCGAUAUUCCGAUAUGUGCUACCGGUAUAGAACCGAUAUCCGGCCACGAUAUACUUGAAAUCAGAAAUCUUGUGUUGGCUCUUAAACUGCAUUGCUACACCUCGGUCGAAAACCCGAUUUUUUUUAUAAAUAUUCCAGAGAAAUUUUCCUAGAAAAUUAGCGUUUUUGAAUGGCGGAAAAAAAACACCUCGGAUGUCCUCAGUAUGCGGGACGGUGCCGAUACUCGCCGCUAACAAAUUAUAAAAAUACUAAAUAUUGUUAUCGUCGCGUAUAAACACAAAUAUCAUUAUUGUAAUAACGUAUAUGUAGGUCGCAUUUGGUUCGGCCGUGUGGUCGCGUGUUAUUGUGCUUGCGUAUACUUAUUGGCAAAGUGACCGAUAUUUUAUUGUAUAUAAGAAUAUUGUUAUACAGCAAUCGGUAUUGUACUGACCUACAAAUAUAUCCGUUAUCCGAGAGAGCCGCGCACUCUGAUCUCUCGACACUCGCGUGCAACAGAGCAGAGCGACGGCGAUAUAACGCGACGGACGACGACGACGACGACGACGACGUUCGAACCUAUAGCGUAUUAUUAUUAUUAUUAUUAUUAUAUUAUAAUACCCAACGAAUAUUGCGAACGCGAAAGUCGGUUUGGAUGGAUGUAUGUCUGUUACCGCUUCUGGUCCGAACCACACGAGUACCGAACGGACCGAACUGAAACUUUGCAUGUAGGUGCACAGACCCGGAAAUAACGUAAAAGUCGCUUUCGCGCAACCCCUCCACCAUCCGCCGCCACUGUAUUUAAACCAUAAACGGAGAGGAUGACACGGGGUAAUUGGUAUUUUAAGUAAUAAUGUUUGUAAAACACCGUUUUCUUUGUAUUUAUUCCGUAAUAAUAUUGUUGUAAACAUAACUGUGUGUUAUUUCAAGUGUAACUCACUACACAAGCAUAACCAUUAUCUUUGUAACUAGAUAAGAAACGAGUGAAAAAUAUAAUCAACCUUUGAAAAAAUACUUAAGGGCUGUUAAAAGGGUCAAUUUAUUAAAACUAUCAAAACAUUUUCCUUUAAAGACUCAACGAGUGAUAAAAUUUAGAAUGUUUAAUUUGCAAAAAGUAGUAGUGUUUUAGUUUUUUCUUCUGAUAUUUUUUUUAUUUAAUGAUCUCACCUUAAAUAUUAGUAAUUGCAUGUAAAAUAAAAAUCAAAUAAUACAAUUUUUUUUCUAAAACCGAUACUCGUAACUUUAAGAAAUCAUUUCAAAAAUCUUAAAAAAAAUUAUCAAGUUCUGGAAAACACAAUAUCACCAAAAAAAAAAAUCUGAUAAAACAAAGAAAUCCUGAAACGCUCAAGUAAUCAACGUCUUAGAGUGCCUCUCGUAUAAAAUACAAUAUAUUAUUUAAACUUUUAAAGUAAAUUUGUAAUAAAACAUUAUAAAUUAUAACAUUCCAAGCACUUUCCCGUCCCUGGGAACAGAACAACACUAUAUUAUAGACACUAUAUACAGAGUCAAUUAUUGUCUAAACCUUAAAAUUGUUCAAAGGCGCGGAAUACUUUUGUUAACAUCAAAACCUAGUGUUUAAAAACAAAAAAAAAAUAAAAUAAAAAGUAAUGGUACCAUAGCCCCGUAAAAAAUAACCUACUGGAAUACCGAUAAAAUUAAAAUAUGUUCUUUAACUGCAUUUUUCUUUAAUCAUGGGCACUGUUAGUAUAUAAUACCUGCCUAUAUAAAUUUACAGCUACCUUAAUAUUAUACUGUCUGAAAACCGUUUAUUUAUAUUUAUGUCAAUUUUCGAAUGCAUUGAAAGUUUAAAAAAAUAAAAACAUACUUCGCACGAUGGGUCACUGAUAUAGGUCAGAAUUUGGGAGGUAGAGGGCAAAUUUAAUAUAUACCUAUACGCAACAAUUAAUCAUUGCAAAUGAAAAUUGAUUCUGAGCGGAGUUCGGUUAUAAAUGUUUUAAAAGGCCGUAUUAUUUACAAUUUGAAAAUAAUACAUUUCGUAAAUUUCCCCAUUUUUCCUACGUUUUUUCCCGGUGUUUCCCAUUAAUUAUAAAAAUUUCUGAGAAAAUCAAAAAAUAGCAUUAAAGUAUCAACCCCAGUAAGAUUUUUGUUCAGAAAAAAUACUACACUUGAUAAUCGGAGCAAAAUUUCCGGUAGAAAAGUUGUCCACAGAAAAAAAAUAAUAAUAAAAAAGGACGGACAUACUUCGCAGAUGGGUGCAGCAACUUUUGUAGGAAUGAUGUUAGAAGUUAGGAUACAGAUAGGAAUUUAGUAUACAUCGGUAAUCAACCAAUGCUAACGAAAAAACGAUUUUGAGCGAAGUUCAGUUGAUAUAGUGUUUCUUUGUUAACAAUAUACAUGUCAUAUUAUAGUAAAAUUACUACAACAAUGAGCGUUUCUAUGACAACAAGUAUUGUUUAAAAAAGAUUUAAAAUAAUAAAAACUUGACAAUAACAAAAAAUAAAUAAAAUGUCAAAUAUUAAUGAGAAUUUCAAAAAAUGACUUCUUUCAAGUACCACCCGGAGAACAUUUCAUUUCAGAAAUAGUGCUAUACUUGAUAAUCGGAGUAUGCUUUCUAGUAGAAAAAGUGUUCGCAUAAAAAAAAAAAAAACCAAAAACAAAACACUAUUGAUAAAACCAAUAUAUUCCUCGCUCCCCUCAGAAUCUAAAAUAAUAAUAAUAACCAAUACAUUACUCGCUGCGUUCAGAAUUUAAAAAUAUCAACGAAUUCCUCUGUGUAUAUUAAUGCAAUAAAGUAUUAUAAACGCUGCAGCUUAUGUACAAUAUUAUAAUAUUAAUUCAAUUUACAUUUCGAAUAUAGUAAAAUAUGAUCGUAACACAAUCGCAGCGCAAAGCGCAAAUAUUCUAAUAACUGCUAGUCGCAUCGUUAGAAAUAUUAUAAAUGUUAAAAAUCUCAACACUCUGCAAACGACUAUAAUAUAGGUACUAACUGCAAUACCGUGGAGAAAUACUGUUCCGCGUGAACGAAAAUACGCAUUUGCGUCAUAAUAUUAUUCGCGAACUAAAGUCGUUGGCCCCGUGGCCCGUGCAGACGGUAUACAUCGUGUAUAUUGUAUACCUACUUCAAAUCGGUAUACAAAAAAGAAUGCUACCUAUGUCGUAUAAAUACUUUGCCCAAAAUAAUAAUAUAAUAUUUAUUAUUCGUAUAGUUGUAUGUAUUCGUCGAUCUGAAUUUAAAAAAAAAAAACACUAAAAUACGGCUUUAUAAAAUAUACAAAGCAAGAAAAUGUAUAAAAUGUCUUGCCAAUAUGUAUAUUAGGUACGUGAAUUUCCAAUUAUAUUUAACAAAAAAUAUAUAAUAACUUUUUUUCUGUUGAAUAUUUAAACAUUUUUAAAUUAUUAUUACAACCUAGCGCUAUAAUUUAAAUAAUUUUUUAGUUAAAUUUUAAUGUUCAAGAAUUCGAAAUAAAAAAUAUAAAAUUGUAGUUCGUAGGAAAACCAGGAAAAUCGGUAUAACAUUAAAGAAAUAUUAUUAAAGAAAUUACAAUAAAACCUAUUUAAUUAUAUUGCUAUAAUAUGACAUAAAUAUAUAUUGUUAACAAAGCAUCACUAUCAACUGAACUCUGUUCAGAAUCGUUUUUUUCGUAAGUAAUGGUUGGCUGUACUAGUGUUCAUUAACCCAGGGCGUCUUUAAUAAUGUUUUUUCAAUUUUAAUUGCAAUAAUAACAAACAAUUUGGGAUUUCGAAACAAAUAAAUCUUGUUUAUCUCAAUGUAAAUUAAUAACAACUUCUACGUUGUCAAUAUUAUACAAAUAUACCAUAAACUUUAACCGUGGUCGACGGUUAUAAAUGUUAUACAACCCAGACAUACUAUAUUUAAUCGUGAAUAUAACGAAUAUACUUUCUGUCUAUAAAUAUACGAAGUACUGUGUUAGUAAUCUCGAAUUUGUGACAACAGCUUAUUAUAGUUAUUAUUGUUCUGACAGUGUAUUCAUGUAAUUUUUAAUUUUCACUAUAUAUUUUUAGUCCAAACGUCAUAUAAAUAAUAUAAAUAUGUAAAGUAAGCUGUGUAUAAAAGGGGGGAUGAUUUCGGGUGUUACGACCCCCACAGAUUUUUUUUUUAUUGCUAUGGAAACCCGUCGAAAGUCACAAUUGAACUAAGAAGUGUGUCCCCCGAAAUCAAAUGUAUUUUAGGCCCUGGGUCAACAACUUUCGAAUAAAUUAGUUUUAAACAAAUUUUAAAGUUUUGCUAAAAAUAUGACAUUUUUUGCGUACUUAAAUUUUCAAAUGGUUAAUUUGUUUUUUCCAUGAAUAUUGUACAGGUUGAUAUAAUAUUCUAAUCAUAUUAAUUAAUUAUUUAUUAAUUUAUUAAUUUAAGCUGUGUGUCUCAUAUACGCUUACAGCGGCGUAUUUAAGAUGGAAGAUCAGGGAUACAUUUUUUUUUUUUAAGAAGUUAUUAUUUAUAUGAAUGCAUACCUAUUUUUCAAAUUCGAAUUUUUUUUCAAUGGGCAAAUCAAAAAUGUACUGUUAUAGGUGCCAAGUUAAUAGUUCAAAAAAAUAAAAAACCUUAACUAUAGGUAAAUUUUCUUGUUAAAAACGAAAUCUAUUCGAACCAAAACUAAACUGAUAAUAAUAAUUAAUGUACAGAAUAUGUCAAUGUUUAUGUCAGGAAAGAUUGAAUUAUAAAAUACUUGUAAUAAAAAUAUAUAAAUUUAAAAUUGGAUUAUUUUUUGUUUUUAGCUAACAUAGGUACACAUUAUGCAAUUUAUAAAACAAAAUAUUCCAAAAUUCAAUAUCUCCCUCCUUGGUAAAAUUCUAAAUACGCCACUGUACGCUUAACAUUUUCUGUCAGUCGAAUGUAAACUAUCGUUAGAAAAAUAUAUUUCUGUACGUUUAAUUUUUCAAGUUUUAUUUGUUAACAUUAAAUAAAAUAAAAAAAGAAAUAUGAAUUAUACAAUCAAAUAACUGAUAUAAAUAAUUUUCAAAGUGUGCAUCAUUAAGGUUUGUUGUGCGUUUCUCAAUAACAAUCUAAAAUUCCAGUUGUCAUGGAUUCCAACAUUUCAGACGCGAGAGAAUUAUAUUUAUAUACUUCAAUGUUAUUAUAGCGUUGUUUAAAAAUGAUCUUUUUGGCCAUUAUAUGCGUGUAACGGAUAUGUGCCAUAUGGUUAUAUUAUAUUAUGAUAAUAUCAUAAAUUUUAUUGAUUGUUAGCGAUAACAAAUUAUUUCUUGAAAAAAAAAAAUUUUAAUUUUAACAAACUCUAAAAAUUAAUAACGUAACUUAAUUGACAGUUUUCAAGACCAAUAAUUUUUUUUAAAAAUUACUUUAUAAAAUAGCUAUCUUAGAUUAUAAAAAUAAAAUAUCAAUAUUCUUUAUAUUUUGUAAUAAUAAAUGCCUAUGCCUAUGGCGUGAACAUACAGACAUCGGCGGGAGAAUAAUUUAAAGAUUUAAUAGCUGUUUAGUUAUAUAUUAUAUAUCUAAUAUAUAAUAUCGUUAUUGUCCGGACGCUCUUGACUCAAAAUACUUUUUUCUAGAUUUUGUAAAAAAUAAAAACCCAAUUUUUAUAUAUAUAAAUAUAUAUAAUUGCUUUAUUAUUACUAACGACUAUAUUUCUUUGAAAAGGCACAGGAAACUAUAUUAUUAUUGUCGACGUGUGUUGCAACACAAUUACGCUGAAAAUCACAGUAAAAUACGUCAUUAAUGGAUAUUAUUAAUAGUUUAUUAUAAUAGUACACAGUAUAUAUAUAUAUAUAUAUAUUAUAGCUCCAUUAUUCUAUUAUAUUAUUCAAUUGAAAUAAAGCUGUACUGUGCAAUGUAUUAUAUUUUUAGUGAAGAAGGGGAUAAGCCAAUGUCGUUCAACUUCCAAACGAGCAAAUUAAGUUUUGAAAAUGUAUCUGCUUAUGCAGUAUAGACCACGCGACAAAAGGGAAAAAAUUACAAUAGACUAAACUAUAAAAAAAAUAAAUAUAUUUUUAAGCUCUUCUCCCAAGGACAACCAAAUAGAUAAUAAAUUCCUAGGGCACGGCGUCAUAUUCCAUUUACAAUAAUAUAAUAAUACAGUUAAUCGAAAGUUUUAUACAGAGAUUUUCCGUAUUCGAUUAAUUCUUCUUUUAUUUAUAAAAUGCGCGAUAAAUAGAAACGGAUACAAAGUAAAACAUUAAAAUAAAAUAGAAAUUAGGAAAUUUCAACUGCGUAUAAUUAUAUACGCAUUGUUGUAACUAUAAAUGCAAUCUAAAAAAGAGGAAACUCUCCUGAAAUAUACGUACCACGAAGAAAUCCAUCGAUUCCGUUUUAACUGCGAUAAGAAUUCGAUGUGUGAUAGACUGAUAGCCAAUGUUUUGUCCUAGGAUAAUGGGGACGGGUGCAACCAUUGUUGUAGGUGAGAAGUUGAGAAAGUAGGAUACAGAAGGGAAUUUAAUGUAUAUUUGUAAGCAACGAUAAACCAUUGGUAACGAAAAAACAAUUCUAAGCGGAGUUCAGUUGAUAGUGAUGCUUUGUCAACAAUAUAUGUGUCAUAUUAUGGUAAAAUAAAUAAAUAGGUAUUAUACGUUUUUUUUAAUAAUAUUUAUUUAAUAUUGAUCAGAUUUUCCCGUUUUUCAUAGGUUUUUCCCGAUUUUCCCAUGUUUUUUUCCUGGUUUUUCCCAUUUGUUGAGAAAACUCCUGGGAAAAUCGAAAAAUGACUUUUCUAAAGUACCUCCCCAGUCAUAUUUCCUUUCUGAAAAUGUGCUACCAUUGUAAAACGGAGCAAAAUCGUUAUUAGAAUAGUUUCCACAGAAAAUAGUUGUAAUAUUUUACUAAUAUAAUUCGUACAUUUUCCCGUUUUUAAUUCGGUUUUUCACAUUCAAUGAGAAAACUCAAACUCCUGACAAAAUUGAAAAAUGACCUCCCUAAAGUACCACCCCAAGAAAAUUUCCUUUCAGAAAAGUUUACAUAUCGUAUGCAUCGGAGCGAGAUUACUGGUAGAAUUUUUGUACACAUUAAAAAAAUAAUAAUAAUAAACGUACAUUCGUCGCUACACUCAGAAUCUAAAAUUGUAACCGUUAUAAACGAUAGUUUUUUUUUUUUUUUUGUUUUAAAUUUUAAAUCGUGUACGCACACCCGACUCGAAUCCGGCCAAUAAAAAUCGUGAAAGUGGUAGCGUUAAAUUAAUAAUCGCGGAAUAACGCACAAGGCGGCGAGGUGGCGGCGCGGCAGCAAAUCGAUUGCGCGUCGAGUGAAAAGUAUUCGGGAAAAAAAAAAAUGGCAUAUACCUACUCAAUAAUAACGUAUGCAAACGCGCGUAUUUGGAACGAUAUUAUUUGUGCGACCGGCGACCGCCGCCGCCACGGUGGGAGGGAUGCAAAGCGUCUGAGGGUUUUCGCGACGACGACGACGUUGAGGGGUGGGGGGGAUUGUAAUGUAUGGUCCGGGUGGAGGGGAAGCGCGCGGGAUCUCCCCCCCCCCUCCGACGGCGGUGGCGGCAACGGCGGCGGACACCACCAUCACAGUGCGCCCACCCCUCCUACCAUCCCCCCCCCAAAGAGGACGACGGCGGCGACGACUCGUGCGUGUGCGGCAGGUCGGCCGUCGCGAGUGACGUCACGCCGACGUCACGGUUACGGGCGGGCUGCCAUUGGCCCGAGCGCCGCCGUCCGCCCGGCCCCGCGCCGCCGCCACCGCCGCCCCACCACCGCCGCCCCGCACCCGGCGCCCGUUUCCAUAUAUGGGACAGAGACGCGCUUCAUUCAUAAAACGACGCUAUACGUCGCCCCGCGCGCGCUAUGGGCAGUGCGCUCGCUUUUUCAGUGUACGGCCGCCGUAUCCGACACACGCGUCGCGCGCGCCUUCAGUUCAACAAGUCGACCGGCGCCAGCAUCACGUGCGUGUGCGUGACCGUGUGCGUGAGUGUAUUACCAUAGUACGCCUAUACCGCGGCCGACGCCACAGCCGUGUUGUUAAUUUUUUUUUUUUUUUUUUCUUACGCGUAUUACUCGAGUGGUGUGUGCGCUCGCCCCCGUAAAAUCAUAAUACAAUAACAUUGUUGUACAUUCGAAUUUGUUUUUUCGUCGCCGUUGCCGCGAUAAAUCCGCACGCGAAUUAACGCGAAAACUCGCCGAUAAACUCCGCACGUAUUAUAACCUAUCACAGCUACACCGCUAUUAUACGCCGUGCCGUGCGCCACUCGCGUGUAGCCGACUCGCCGUUUUUUUCCACAUUACCGUGCCCCAAGCGAACCCCAAGCGCAGGCCUGGCACUGUCCAGGUGUGUGAUUCGCGUGCCCCUGGCCCCCAGCUCGUGGUCGCCGCCCCCUGACGAUUGGUACCCGUUCCACGACAUCGAACUGAUCGAAUCGUCGCCGGAGUCGCCACCGUCGGGCCCAAUAAUUGAUCGUCAUCCGAAAGACCCCGCCACCAACAACUGCACUACUAACAAUAAUAAUUGUGACCGGCGCGACGCUUGUGCCGUAGGUGCAGCAUCGGCGGCCCCGCAACAUCAGCUCCAGCAGCACCAACAGCACCAGCACCAGCAACAACAGCCCGAAGCCGAUAUGAUCAUGGAGUGCGCGGCCCUGGAGCCUAUUGGCGUCGGGCCACAUCAUCACGCGGCGCACCACAUCCAUCACCAUCAUCACCAUAAUCCGUACCUGUUGGGUGAGUCUGCGGCCGCCGUCACUACGGCCACGGCGGGAUCCGGCCACUACGUCAACGUGCUGAGUUUCGAGACGUACAAAGGCGGCAUGGCCACCGGCACCGACGGACACGUGGGUAACAGCGUACACGGGACCGGUAGCUCGGCGUGCCACAGCCCGGCACAGGGAAACGCCGGCACCGAUCUCAACACGCCCGUCACCACCAGCGCGGAAGUACCUUCCUUUUUCGGGCCGUCCACGGUCGUAGAACCGCCACUUAUAACAGGUAAAAAAUCCGCAUUGUUUAUAAUUAACUAUUCGCUUCGGGUUUUUUAUUCCACUUUUUUAAAGCAUUUAAUAUUUGUAUCGAUGUCCAUACGAGUAUAGGUACGCACAAUCGUUAUACUUUUAGGCUAGGUAAGUCGUAUGUAACUCGAAUAUUUUUUUUUUUUUUUUUUUUAGAACAAUUUUUGAAAACAGCAAUAAAAAAAAAAAAAACAUGAUAAUAUAUAAUUAUAUAAAUACCGCAAAUAUAUCAUACACAACAUAUUUUACACGCUCGUUUAAUAUAAUUAUACUUCUGUACAUGUAUAUUGCACAGUAAAAAUGUCGCUGUUUUUACAGACAUACGCGCUAAACAUCCCACUAAAAAAUAUGUGUAUACACAAUGGUAUACAAUUCAUUAGGUAACUAAUGAGGUAGGUACAUUCCGAUUUAUUAGGUAAAUAUUAAGUAAAUAUAAGAUAUUGUGUUAUAGUUUAUAAAAUUCGAGAGUUGUAUACAGGAUACGGUAAUUAUACUUUAAUGGGAUUGUUAUAAUUAUUUAUGGGAGGGAAAUAUUGUGCUUCUUCAUAAUUGGUAAUCUCUAUUCUCCUAUCGCUAAUUUCUCUCAAACAACCCGUCUCACUCGCUUAUCUGUGCCGUUCUAUGAUCCAUACUCUCCGGUGUCUUUUCUCAAUAAUUCCAUAAUUAACAGACUAAUGCACGCAGCUAACCCGUCGAUCCAUCCUUUAUCAGCUUUUAUAGUCGCCCUUUCUCACGUUAAUCAUAAUUAUCUAGCGUUUAAGCGCGGGCAGUUGGUUUAAGUUAUUUCUAGUCCUUAAGUUAGUUUUAGUUUAGUUUCUAUUUUUGUAUACUCAUUAUAUCGUUUGGCUUCAGCCUGUGUUGAAUAGAUAAAUAAAUAAAUAAUAUCACGUCUGAAAACGGCGGCCGUUUAAUAUGUAUUCAUACGUAAACGCGGCGGCGCGUAUUUAUGAAUGAAAAUGUAAUGGGGGAAAAACGAUUUCCACGGUAUCCUCUCGGCCUCGCAAGUCCGCCGGCCGGUCGGCGGUGACCCCCCCGCCGCAGUUAUUUCGUUCAUUGAUUUCGCGACGACCGACAACGACGGUGGCAGCGGCAAAGGUGAAUGAAAUAUGUUCCCUUUCGUUCUAAUUUUCCGUUUACCCCGAAAACACGCACACAAACACACACACCCGGACGAAUUUCGCGGAAUAGCUAUCGUAAUAAUACUUUCAAACAAAUUGCGUCCAACGCGAAAAAAACAAGAAUGAAAAAAUCCAUAAACCCGAACGCUCGACAGGCACCGCUGCAGCGUCCACUAUAAGUUAAUUGUCUUUGCGAUUUAUACACAACGACGCGUCUGCAGGGGAGUAGCAGCGUAUGCAAUUCGGGCGGGGGAAAUUAAUUCGGACGUUUUAUAACCAGGGGGAGAGCGAAAACAAUUUAUACUUUUGUUAAGUAUUAUUAAAAUUACUCGUAAAAAUGAUUACAAACAAGCACGUAUACGUGGUAACCUAGACGUCUUAAAAUGUGAUAAAAAGGAUAAAAAUCGGGUUUUUUUUUUUUUUUAUCCGCGCAUUAACUAUGAACGUGUCCGUAUCUCGGGUAAUUUUCCGGAUAAAUCCCGUACAACUAUUGAUUGGUUAUUCAAAUCUGAAGAGUUAAAUAUUGGGCUGUGAAAAAAAAAAAAAUAAAAAUUGAUUCGUCAUAUUGCGGUUUGAAGUUUUUCCCGAAACGUGUAUUUCGGUAUUCUCUAUCUGUUCCCGAAAACCCCGUUUCCGUUGCGAAAGUGGCUGCGAAUCCCGUCAUCCCUGUUAUAAGGUCACCGACUCCCGGGGACCGGUAGGGAGGGGGCCGUGCGAACGUGACGCGCGAUACGGUUGAAUGGACCCGACGAAUGGCGGGACUGCGUGUGCCGCGAGUAAAUACGACGGCGGGGUGUGGUGUGGCGGUGGCCGUGGCAUUGCGAACCGCCGGGAAUCAAUACGCUCGCACACGCGGACGCGUUGUAUAGGUGUGUAUAACGGCGAAGGGCCGCGCGGCGGCGGGCCGGGGGAACGCGGCGUCGCCGUCGUCCCGCUGACGAGGUGGCGGCGGUGCCGGCGCGUUUUCCCUCUCGACGACCCAUGAAUGGGACGUUGCGUGUAUAUACAUGUACCGCGCGAACGAGCGGCGUCACGCGCGCGGACCCCACUCGCCCAACCUUCUGUCUCCCACCCCCCCCCGGGCGGUGAAGACGUUCGCGCCCGAGACGAUCGAUAAAAGUCGGCGGCCACUGCUGCCGAGAGACGUCCGAGACGACCGUAUUCCAUUGUACACGCAUAUUAUGUCCCGUAACCUUUCUGGGAGUGAUGCGAACGACCGUUCGCCGUCCGGCCCUGACGCCGCCGCCGCCGCGGGCAGGUUUCGCGUACCUGUACAACACUGAAUACUCCGCCGUACAAUGUACAGCGUUUCGGGGCGCGUGCGUGUACGUCAUUUUCGCCCGAAAGGUUGUCGGUCCCCUACACAUCGUCGUCCACAUACAAUACAAUUAUUAUUGACGGCGAGACGCCCGUCGGAUUCGUCUCGGCCUGCACGCGCACCGCGCUUUUACUGCCCCCGUGUCCGCGUCGUCCAUUGACGCGCGCGUCCCUUUUUCCGGCGCCGCCGCCGUACCUGCGGGGCGAACGAUGCCGGGGGCCGCGGACACGGCCGCGUCGCGUCUGUAAUUGACAAAUCGAAUUUCACUUUAUUGACCGAACAACCGCGACCACUUGUACAAAUGUAAAAAAAAAAAAACAAAAAACAAAAAUCUAAAUCCGCCGUCGGAAAUUCAUUAAAAUUAUAAACGUAAAGCGUUUUUGUGCCGCGCACAAUAGACGGCGAAAAAACGACGGAAAAAAAAAUAAAUCCAUACGAACACGAAUAAAUCCCGUCACGCGAUACCACCUAUGUUAUUAUUCUCGCGUGUUCACGUGUUUUAUUCAAUAAUCGCGAUUCUCGGUUAUGUCCCCGAACGGGACGUGGCCGCCUGAAGCCCACUAAAUUUCCGCAGUCUUGAACCGAUAGCGGCAGGAGUGACGCUACCGUUUGUUUACAUUUCGUUUUUUCUAUGUACAACGCCGAACGAGUUAGGUGCCGUAUUAUGCGAAAACUAAACCUACGCCGUCGCAGUCUUCCGAUACCGACGCUAUUUAUUUAUUUUUUUUUUUUUUUUUUUAUCAUCUAUUAUAUGCCUAUAACAGUUUUCGGUGGCGCGCGAACGGGAGGGAGCCUUAAAACCAUCACCUCCGCAACGGUUUUAUUCUCCCCAGUUCCCCGUCGGUUUAAAAAUACAAAAAAAAAAAAAAAAAAAAAAAAAAAAAAAAAACAAGAGCGUUUGUUCAGUAAUUUCAUCUCGAAACGCAGUAUACAUUUCAUCCGAGUUACGGGGAAAAGCUUUUUGUAUUUAUUAGCGAUUGGCUUUUUAUAGGCGUUUAAAUUGCCAAUUCCCAAAGUCGGGGCGAACAGAGAAGACAAUUUUACGAUUGGUUCGCGAAUCUUAUUUGUUACAUCCCGUCGAAAAUUCCUGGGCGCCACAGUCUCACCGUCGUUACCGUACCGCCAAUACUGUGUACGGGAUGUAUGAGAUUGCCUCUCCUUCCAAUAUCCUUAUCAUUAUAAUAAAUGCUUUUUCACAUCGCGUUUUCGUCGCGAUAAUACGCGCGUAGUAGCAGUGUGCGUAAAAAUAAUAUACGCGUUUCCGACGGUAAUAUUGAUUAACGUAGUGUUUUUUUUUUUUUUUUAUUAAACCGCGACGACGGGGGAGGGGGUGGGUGAAGGGGCGUUCGUAUCGAUUUACGGCGAUAUAAUUCGACCGCAGGUACAUAAUAAAUAAACGCACUCGCGUAUACCAACGUCGGUCGCACCCUGUAAUUACACUACGGUGCAUGCAGUGCGGCGCUGCAGCGCGGCUACCGUCCGACAAACGAAUCGCGCGAUCCCGAGAGACUGCGCAAUAAAUUAUAAUGUUUUCGAUUACGUAAAUAAAAUAUUACAACUUUCCGAAACGUAAUUAUUAUUAUCGCACGAGUACUCUGAUGUCCGCUUCUAUCGAAUGCAAAUUUAUCGUCUCGGCCGAUUCGGACUGUUGGUUUUUAUUUUAGUUGUAUGUGUUCCUGUGUACAUCCCAUAUGACCGCCGUCGGGGAAAUUAUAAUAUCAUAAAGGUAUAGCGACCGAGCAAUUUUUUUUUUUUUGAUAUACAUCAGCCGGGAAGAUGAAAACAAAUUUUUUUUUUUUCAAAAAUUUAAACAUAUUAUCGUCCAUUAUGUACUACAUACAAUCUGGCACUCGACCAACGCCGACGCGCGUGCGAUAUUCACCGCAACGAUGGUCUUAUAUAUUAUAAUAUUGUGUAGCGCGUAUUAUAGACCUAAAAAUAUAUAGUACGUGUAUCAUUUCGAGCGAUACUUCAUAAUUAUUACGACUGAAAAACAUGUGAAUGUUAUCCUUCGAUUUCGGAACGUCGCGUGUAAUGAAACAAAUUCCAUACAAAUGCAAUAUCUAUGUACCUUAUACAUUUUUGUAAUAUUUUUACUACAGCUAUACGUGACGCAAAAAUCAAAAGUUUCAUUUUCAAGGCAUUUUGAUCGGGUGACGGCUUUAUACAACUAAGGUACAGGCCUAGGCUUAUAUUGUCCAUUGACUCCGGUAAAAAAACACGUUAAAUCCACCGCUAUCGUAUACUAUAACAAUAUAAUAGUGUUGUUCGAUUUCCACAGCCUAUAUGCAAACCCGUUGAAUUGUUUGGUCAAUGUUGAGUUGCAAUAAAUAUUGUAAAUGCGUAUUGAACACGGAUUUUUUAAAAUUUAAUUUCAAAGACCAACGAUCUAGAAAAAAAAGUUCAGACUCAAUUUUGAAAUAUUGGUUGGACAAACGGAAUUCAAUGAAGACACUUUGGGUUUUCUAAAACAAAAAUACUCUCACCGCUCUACGGGGCAUAUUUUUCGAGUAACCAGAUAGUCGUAGAUACGACAAACGGAUUUGUCGAUAUUACAGUAUAGUGGUCGAUACAUAUUUUAAUUUUAAAUCAAUAACAAUUAUCGGUCGGGGCCUGAGACCGUGGCACAUUUACCAACCACUAGAGGGCACUAACUCUACACUAGGCGAUGGCACUUGCGAGUGUAUGGACACACUUUAUGUUACGGUAAAAUAUACUCGGGCAAAAUCACCAUGGUAAAUCAAAAUACAAUAACAACAAGGCGAACAUUUAUAUUGGCGAUAUAAUGUAAUAAUCUUCUCCAUUAUCCGUGCACAGUAUACUUGCAGUGUUCAAACACUUUACGUUAUAAAUCAUGACGUACGACUAUACGCUUUUACUUUUUCGUGAAAUCCGAAAUUGCGUAUUAUUAUAAUAUUGUACGAUGGAAAAAAAUGUCGCGGCAUUUAUACAUUAUUGUACUAUAAUAUAUGCGUAUAUCCCGUACUGCGGGCAACAUGGCGGUUAUUCUCCGAACUCUAAAACACGAUUUACAACGUGACGUUUUCCGUAUUACGUUGAUAUUUUUCGUAUAUAUAUAUAUGUGUGUGUGUGUAAUAUAAUAAUAAUAAUGUAUUCUAGUUUUUGUGGCAGUGUUGUUUACUCGUAUAAAAAAAAAAACUUAAGUUAAACACUCAGCAUGUGGUUGCGCCCGCCGAUAUAUAGUGAUCCCCAAUAUAGUCUACAAACCACUGGGUCAGUUGUUUUAUAUAUACAUAUUUUAUUUUAUUUAUUUUUUUUUUUUUUUGAGAACCACAGAAGAAUGCGUAUACAAGUACAACAAUAUAAUGUAAAGCAAAAGAAAUAAAACAAAAAAAAUAGAAAAAAAUAACUCAAUAUAAACAAUAUUGAUCAAAAAGUCUUAAUUGUUAGUUUCUCUCUCACACCUCUCUCUCUUUCUCUCUCUCUCUCUCUCACUCUCUCACUCUCUCUUUCUCUCUCUUUCUGUCUAUCUCUCUAUUUUAAACGAUUUCAAUCAUUAUUUAUUGUUCUUGGUGUUGUUUUAACGUCUAUUAUAUACGCGGUAUAUAUAUAUAUAUAUAUAUAUAUAUAUAUAUACAUAUGUAUAUUUUAAAACUGCACCAGUUUUAUUUCCGUUUCGUUCGAUUAAAAAAAAAAAAAAAAAAAAAAAAAAUGGGAAAUACUUGGCUCGGGAAACGGUUGUUUUUUUCUCCACUAUCGCAGGCUUUGUAGAACACAUAACAUUAAAUUAUAUAUAUAUAACGAGUGGCGCGGGAUUUUCACGGAUUAUAACGAAUAAUAUAUGCCUCUAAUAGGAUCUCUGAUGCAGCGGAUAUUAUGCGUGUACGUGUAUAUAUAUAUACAUACGUGUGAUACGUGCUCAACAUUAUAAUGUACGUGCGGAGCCGUCGCAAUGGUCGCAUGGGUUUUUUUUUUUUUUUUGGUUUUCAGAAUGGGUUAAAAAGACGGAGAAAUAUAAUAAUAAAAAAAAAAAAAAAAAUCACGUAUAUAUAAAAAAAUAAAAAAACAAAUUCGCCAUCGCGGCACAAACCAGUUGUCGUCGCCGUCGAGAUAAUCCGAAAAAUAUGUGUAUUACGCUCCCGCGUGUACCUGUGCUCGCGCGCCCGCGUUCGAAAACCACAAACAGUCGUGUUACUUGUCGUGCGUACGCGGUACCGGCGUGCGGAGGAUCUGAAUUCUGGACGCGGAAACGUUACGCGUCGCGUUCGCGGCCCGUGCGCGAAUUUUUAUCGAAAAAUUCCACGUCGCGAACUCGAACGGCGAACAAACGUAAUAAACGAUCGAUUAUUGUCGCGCGUACCGCUGCCGCUUCAGGUGGGCGCGCGCGCGGACGCGACACCGCCAGUGCCGUUUCGAGUCGAAUUCCCCGUCGCGCAACACGUACAAACGUGCAAUGCUUGUUGCAAUUGUAAUACGACGCAGUUCGACGCGUUGAACCCCGGCGCGCGCGGGACGCGGAAAUCGCCGUUGGUAAAACGUGCACGCGCACAAUCGACGCGAUAUAAUUGCGAUAUUUUCACGUGACGGCUGUGAACAGCGUACACGCGCGCGGUCUCGUCGGCCAAUUUCUCCGACCCCCCCCCCCCCCCCCCCCGAAAAUGCGAUCGCGGCGUUUACGCGAUGUUUCCAAUCGAAACCGAUCGUAACGCACCGUUUAAAACCACGCCGACCCGAAAACGUUAUCAUAUUUAUUUUGCCGCCCCGAAAGGAACCCCGUUGUUGAACGUUGGGAUUUCGGGGCUUUUGCGACGAAAAGGUUUAGCGUUUCUCUUGAAAUAACGAUUAUCGUUGUUAUUCGCUUAAACAUCGUUAGUAACGAUAAUUUACGGUAAAUCAACGAAAUAUUUAUCCGCGAAAUGAAAUGAAAAAACAAAAAAAACAGUAACAUGGACAAAAGUCAGACACGGGAAAAAUGAGUGUAGCAAAGACAAAUGUUACUGUACACUGCAGUACCCGCGGUAACGGAUUGCAACAAUCGGUGAAAUUUCGGUUUUUUGUACCCGGAGUCGUAGAUGAAAUAUAUAUUACUAUAUGAAAUAUAACUAGCGCGUAGUUAUUAUUAAACGUGUAAACGUAUAAUACGUGAAAUGGUGGCAGAAAUCCAAAAUGUAUUUUAUUUCUUACAAAAACAUAACCGCUAACACGUGUCGUGUUUUUUUUUUUGUUAUUAUUAUUAUUAUUAUUAUACAGCCGAACGCGUAUAUUACUCGAAUAUGAAUUUUUUUUUUUUUUUCAAAAAUGACGACGGAGAACAUAAUAGAUUUCCAUUAGAAGUACCUAUAUAUAUAUAUAAUGACGGGCGUCCGUUGAGGGAUGCGGAUGGCAAAAGGGUCUCCCCUGGCUUCCCGGUACAUAACACGGGUAACUGCAGUUCGUAUACAGCGAAAAGGUCAAUAUUAUUGAAAAAUACGACUAAAAUAUUACAUCGCCUUUACCCUCCCCACCCCACCCCACACCCUCCCCUCGGAAAAAUCAAAGGGCCCUUGAUUUUUUAGUACGUACGCACUUGACUAUUAUACUGACUUUUAUAAAAUGUAAUAAAAAAAAAAUAACGUCACGAUUUAUUUUGUUUAUUUUUCCAGGAUCAUUGCAAGACGCCAAUGAGAACGGCAGCAACAGGAGUUCCGUAGAACACCACGAGUUAAAAGUAUCGCUUCAGUUGAAGACCGAAGCUAUUGGUGGCGAACCGGAACAAGACGAUGCCGGACAGGACACCAUGUACACGACCAACUCUAGCAUCCCGGGGCAACCCAGUAUCAGUUAUAGGUUCCCGGCGAUUAACAGCCCUAUCACUAUGCAACCGGCGACCCCGUGCUCAACAAGUUCCUCAAAUAACAAUAACAACCACCUAAACGCCCCGUGGACUUUCUCCAGUCCGGACAAGAACAUUUUCACACCGCCUAUGUUUUCGUCAAACACGCCCCCCUCGUACCACAGCUCCAGUCCUCACUACGAAGACAGAUCUCAACAGAGUCAAGUAGGAUUCGGGCAGGCUAUCGAGUUUAAUAAACAAGUGCCGUCCACGUACGACCAAGAUCUCAUAUACACACGCCAAAUGAUGCAGCAACCAUACGACGAUUACCCGGGACAACAACAACAGCAGCAGCAGCAGCAGCAACAGCAGCAGCAACAGCAACAGCAGCAGCAGCAACAGCAGUUAAUAAUGAUCCCUAAACAAGAGUUCACGAACGUGGUGAACGUGAUGGACGUCCAGUCACCGGGUUCGUCGGGACUGUCCGAGUACAACCCGUCUACGAGCAAAGGGCACGAAAUAUUGUCACAAGUGUGUCAGCAGUUGACGCAGCCGUUGAAACUAGUGCCGGUCAAACCCCGGAAGUACCCAAACAGACCUAGCAAGACGCCAGUUCACGAACGACCCUACGCGUGUCCGGUGGAGCACUGCGACCGCCGGUUCUCCAGAUCCGACGAGCUCACCAGGCACAUACGCAUACACACGGGCCAAAAACCGUUCCAGUGCCGCAUAUGUAUGCGGUCGUUUUCCAGAUCGGAUCAUCUGACGACGCACAUUCGAACGCACACCGGCGAGAAGCCGUUCACGUGCGACGUGUGCGGACGGAAAUUUGCCAGAAGUGACGAAAAGAAGAGACACGCCAAGGUGCACCUGAAGCAAAGGACGAAAAAAGAAACCAAAAUGGCAUUGCUGGCGCAACAGCAACAGCAACAACAACACCAGCAGCAACAGCAACAGCAGCAGCAACAACAACAACAGCAACAACAACAACAACAACAACAACAACAGCAAAGUUCGUCGCACAUGCAUCACAUGGGAUUCCAACCGGGCGACACCGGUCAUAUGUAG